AUGGCACCGUGGAUUCUAGGAGACAAGUUCGAUACCGUCUAUCCCCAUCAGGGCUCGAUGAAGGCCCUGUGGGAGAUGAAGUGGAAAUUCCCCUGCACGAAAUCCAUUUAUCCAUUCCACGAUGGAUCGCUGGAGGACUUCGAGCCCAUUUUUGAGAAGCUGAUUGCCAACGACAUCAAUGAUGCCAAUGAUGAUGCGUACACCGAGACCUUCCUGCCAACAGCAUCAGCUCUGGAAAAGGAAGCAGAUGAAGCUCUGAGCAAUGGCCACCGAGACCGCGCAGCAGACCUCUACCGUCGUGCAGCAGUAGUCCUGCGGAUCUCACGUUUCCCCUACGUGAGCCCAAACACACGCCCAGAGACGUCCAUCAAGCGUCGGGCCUUCGACUAUCAGAAGACAGUCUACCUGAAGGCAGCGUCUCUGUGGAACCCAGUCAUCAAAGAAGUGAUGAUUCCACACAAGCACCACGCCGGCGGAGACCGCAGCCGCGAAAUCCCAGCGCUUAUCCGCGUGCCGGAAGAAGCCAGCGCACAGAACCGCGUGCCGGUCGUGCUGCUCAUGACCGGUCUUGACGGAUACCGUCCUGACAACAGCCAACGAAGCCAUGAGAUUGUGAGCCGUGGCUGGGCGACCGUUAUCGUUGAGAUCCCCGGUACAGCGGAUUGUCCUGCUGAUCCGUCGGACCCAGAGUCGCCCGAUAGGCUGUGGUCGAGUGUGUUGGACUACAUGGCUCUGAGACCUGAGUUUGACAUGUCCCGUGUUGCGGCUUGGGGUCUAAGUGCUGGUGGUUUCUAUGCCAUCCGUGCGUCUGUCAUGCACCGUGAUCGUUUUGCCGGUUGUGUUGCUCAUGGACCUGGAGCGCAUUACGUCUUUGACCAGGAGUGGUUGGCCCAUGCUAACGACCACGAGUAUCCCUUCGAGCUCACCUCAUGCAUGGCUGAGAAGUACGGCUACGCCAGCGACGCCGAGUUCAGGAAGAACGCCCAGAAGAAGUUCUCGCUGAUUGAGACUGGCAUCAUGGACCAAGAGAACUGCCGCCUUCUUCUGCUCAAUGGUGUGAACGAUGGCGUCGUCCCUAUUGAAGACUGUUUGACUCUGAUGAACCAUGGCGGUCCCAAGGAGGGCCGGUUCUUCGAGAAUCUGGUCCACAUGGGAUACCCUCACAGUCUGCCCGUGGCUUACAAGUGGCUGGAGAGUGUGCUGUCUCCAAACAUGACUCAGGUGAAGAACUGA